AUGGCUCACUUACACGGAGGCUCCUACGACCCCAACGUGGUCAAUUACCAGCAGCCGCCUCCCCCAGUGUCGCACCAAGCACACGGUGGUGCCUACACUCCAGGCAGUUCUGUCGUUUCACACCCCAACCAGCCCUUCACACAUCCCUAUCAACAGCAGCCCGUGUCACCUACCACGAGCCCUCUCUCAGCCCAAUCCGGCGGUUAUCAAGUCCCCGUAGGACAGCAGCAGCCCAUUCCCCUCGGACAAGUGCAGCACCAAAACACAAUGCAGUAUCAACAGCAGCAGCAGCCCAUGUAUGGUGGGCAGCAGGGUGUCGUCUAUCCACAACAAGGACAAGGCAAUGGACAGCAGGACGGAACAAUGCAAACCAAAGGUGCCAUCGUUCCCGUGUCUGCCGCGCCGCUGUCGCCUCUGAAUAGCUCCAAGGAUGGCGAAAAAGGCGAGAAAGAGUUCCCAAUCAAGCUCAAGGGCUCCCAUCACUUCUUCGAACCCCGAAGCGUCUUCCGAUGGCGCAAUCCCGUGCUGUACCAGAAGCCUGGGUACAACUUUACCGACACCGAGACCAAGAUGAGACAUCGCGACUAUGCUGGUCGUGUCUCAUACAAGACCCGGUCCGAUCGAUAUCUGCAUCACAACGAUGGCUACCUUCGCAAUAUGUACGUCGCAGCGACCGACGACAUCUAUGAAGGGCCAGGAACUUCCACUUGGAAGAGGACCUAUGUCCGCAAGGUUGCGCCCAUGAAGGUGCGAAUCGCAACUUGGGUCAUUGACUUUAGCUAUGACCCCCAGAGCUGGGAGGAUUGGGGCAUCAUGGUGCUCAGAGCCCUUCCUGCGGCCAUUGCCAUGGCUCUUGUGUUCUGGGAUGGUAAACCCACCGUUAUCAAGCGAAGCCUCUGCUAUGCCCCGGUCCUGUACAACUACCAUGGCGAUGCCAAGGUCUGGAGCAACCUGCUCGAGAACCGCAAGGGUCUCUCCCUCAUGGCCCGGAACAACCAAGUCUAUCGCAUGCUGCGCCCGCGAUACCUGUGCUUCCUUCGCGAGCCCUUCAACGAUGAGAACAGGGGAGUCGACGUCCGCAGCGUUGUUGAGUGGGAGAACAGCGACGGUCGGGAUGCCAGUCUGGCCUACCUAUUUGUCGCCUACUCUACUGAGCACUUCAGCCACAGCUCUGAGCAGGACAUGAUGGCCCUCCAUCACAUCGCUGAGACGGCGUGUCGCGCUGCGAAGCUUCCUGCGUACUGGAUUGCCUGCAGCUGCAUGCGCGAUGAGAGUGAGCUGGAGUCUGAUGUCUACCGCAUCUCGGAUGUUCUUCGCGGCGCCAACAGUAUGAUCAUCGCUGUCGGAAGAGGCAAGACGGCGAUGACUUCGGGCAAGGCCAACACGGAGUCUCUCCUUCGUGAAUGGGGCAGCCGAAUGUGGACCUUCCCCGAGGUUCUUCUCAGCCCCGGCCGAAGCAUCUCCAUCUAUACUCGCGACAGUGACCUAUCUUCUCCGCUGGUGGUUGCCAAGAACCAAUUCGCUGCUCAGGUCUGGACGUAUAUGGACCCAGAUGUCGCCCGUCACUUGAUUGACCACUACCUGGGCACCAUCAGCCUGAGCCGGCUGGAACAAGCUGUUCUCGCCCUCAAGUGUCUGUACAGCCGUCACACAACUGAGUAUCUUCCCGGUGACCAGGCCUAUGCGCUCAUGGGUCUUCUGAGGCUUCGACCCCAGGUUGACCGAACCGAUACUGCUUUCCAGGCCUUCUCCAGACUGUCUCUGGCCAAUGACUCAGAUAGACUCCUUGAGCGCUACAUCUGCACUCUGCCUGUGGAUAACGAUCAGCCAUGGUACAACAUGGAGGAUGCGUACGAGUCCUCGCUCUGGGAUAUCACUCCCUACUGCCAGGUGGCUGGUAUUGCAGAGAAUGACACCAUCAUCAUUGACGGAGCUUGGGGCAUCUCCAUCCGCUGGAAGGCCUUCUACCCCGUCUAUUGGUCGACUGGACCAUCCUGGAAGAGAUGGCUUGCCGGUCUCGCCGUCGAAUGGAAUGGUGCCUUCUUCAUCAUCGCCAUCGCUCUCAUUGCCACUGGCGCACAGGCUGGCGCAUACGGUGCAAGCACCAUCGCCCCUGGUGUGAUUUUCCUGCUUCUGUUCCUUUAUAUCUGGAUGAUCACACCAGGUCUGGUGCGAGUCAUCUAUGGCGGCAAGUUUGCCGACACGCAGGCUGAGAUGUUUGGCUUUGAGGGCCACCUCAACUCCCCAACCAUUGAGCGUGCCAUCUUUGGCGGCAACUUUGGGCGAUUCUCCUGGAGCACCCAUGGAAGCCCCCUGAGCCGAAGCGUCGUCAACGAGUAUGGCGAGCGUGUUGGUAUUGACCCUUGCAAGGAUCCCGAGAUCCGAAUGAAGGUUGAGGCGGCCAAGAAUGCCCGUCCAGGUGAAAAGAGGAUCUUCACCCUUGUCGACACCUACAACAUGGAGCUGACCCUCUUCGAGGCCGUCAGACCCCCCGUGACUCUCAUGUUCUGUGCCUCCGAGGGUGGUAUGCAGCGAGCCAUCGGAUGCUCCUAUGAGUGGGAGACGCAGACCAUGUACCGCGAGACGGUGCUGAGGAUGCCCACUACCGCUCUGAACCGCAUGGACCGAGUGCCCCGGUUCCGCCUUGGAAUUCAGCGUCCAAUCACCAACAUCAACUCGUCCUCCAUCUCCAUCACUCGCCAUACCCAGGAAGGACCUGGGGUUGUCACGAUGGAGGCAUCGGCUUUGAAAGCGUGGGAGCUGGACAAUAAUGUCCAGCUAAUCGAUCCCAAACGCGACGCUCUCUACAACUACGAUGCCGCAGCUCAGAAGACCAUCGCCGAUGCCAAACCGUGGACUAAGGAUCCAAACUACUUCAAACAUGUCCGAAUCAGCGCCACCGCUCUCAUCAAGAUGACCAUGCACGCGCGCUCUGGUGGCAAUCUCGAAGUCAUGGGCCUGAUGCAAGGCUACAUCGAUCAGGACACUUUUGUCGUCACCGAUGCGUUCCGCCUUCCCGUCGAAGGAACAGAGACACGAGUCAACGCCCAGGAAGAGGCAAACGAAUAUCUGGUUGAAUACCUCGACCUUUGCCGAGCGCAGGGCCGUCAGGAGAACGUGGUGGGCUGGUAUCACAGCCACCCCGGCUACGGAUGCUGGCUCAGUGGUAUCGAUGUGGACACAGAGGCCAUGCAGCAGCAGUUCCAGGAUCCCUUCCUGGCUGUUGUCAUUGACCCUGACCGCACCAUCAACGCCGGCAAGGUGGAGAUUGGCGCUUUCAGAACCUACCCUGCUCACUACAAGGCGGAUCCUGUUGGCGGCACAACCGCCGAUGGAUUCCAGGCAGUGCCCCUCGCCAAGGCAGCCGAGUUUGGCGCUCACUCGAGCCGCUACUACAGCCUCGAGGUCUCACACUUCAAGAGCUCGCUUGAUGCGCAUCUCCUAGAACUUCUCUGGCACAAGUACUGGGUCCAGACCCUUAGCCAGAACCCUCUCCUCACAAACCGCGACUACGGUAACAAACAGGUCCUGGACCUGAGCUCUAAGAUCAAGGAGGCCACGAUGGGCAUAGCACGCAAUCAAGCAGCACAGAGCAUGAUGAUGAGGAGCGGGGCGAAGAACACCGACAAGGCAGUGGAGAAGUUGGCCAAGGACGCAAACCUCAUCGCCACCAAGGAACGGUCUGGUCUGAUUGCGAGCCAAGUAAAGGCCAGCGUCUUCAACGGGCUCGGGUCCAAGGAGAACCCUACAUCGUAA